CACUUUUUUUUCGUGUCGGGAUGAUUUGGCACGUCACUGCCAUGUUUGUAUGAUUUCGGCUAAUGUAUCCCGCACGGUGUGUGUAUCCUGCGGACCAAACGUUACGACCUUGGCGUCAUGUUCGGCUCAAAGGAGGAGUAACCCCCGUGGACACUACUCGGAAAACACCGCUCGGGUUUAAUCAACCGCCGCGGCUGGAGUCAUUUUAAUGUGGACUCAUAUUAACGUGUUUAUUGAUACAACAGCAGCAGGAGCAGCAGCAGCGCGGGACUCUGUCUGGAGGAAAGGCAUGGACAAGAGGUUAUGUGUGGCACCCAGGUAAAGGCCUCUGUCGCCCUGACCUGUGCAUCCCACCAGUCCCUCUGUGAGCAUGUAUCGCAGGAACGGGCUCUCGGAUGGCACCAGCAUCAACUCAGUCACCUCAGAGGCCAGCAGCAGCUCAGAUUCUCUGGAUGGACCUUGCGUGGACUACGCCAAGAGCUACGAUGCCGUCGUAUUCGAUGUGCUGAAGGUGACGCCUGAGGAGUUUGCCAGCCAAAUCACCCUGAUGGAUGCACCAGUAUUUAAAGCGAUACAGCCGGAGGAGCUGGCCAGCUGUGGAUGGAACGGGAAAGAGAAACACCGUUUGGCUCCAAAUGUGGUUGCAUUCACACGCAGGUUCAACCAGGUAAGCUUCUGGCUGGUGAGAGAAAUCUUAACCGCCCAGACGCUGAAAAUCCGAGCUGAAAUACUGGGCCAUUUUGUCAAAAUAGCAAAGAAACUGUUGGAGUUGAACAACCUUCACUCUCUGGUGUCUGUGGUGUCCGCUCUGCAGAGUGCUCCCAUCUUCAGACUCAGCAAAACCUGGGCGUUGAUCAGUCGGAAAGACAAGGCCACAUUUGAGAAGUUAAACUAUCUGACAACCAAGGAAGAGAACUACACCCGCAUGAGAGAAUACAUCCGCUCCCUGAAGAUGGUGCCCUGCAUUCCUUACCUUGGGAUCUACCUGCUGGACAUGAUCUACAUCGACUCGGCCUAUCCUGCAUCAGAUAGCAUCAUAGAAACAGAGCAGAGGACCAAUCAGAUGAACAACCUUCUGAGAGUCAUCUCCGACCUGCAGAUGUCAUGUAACUAUGAUUAUCUUGUGACCCUCCCACAUGUGCAGAAGUAUCUGCUGUCAGUUCGCUACAUAGAAGAACUCCAGAAGUUUGUAGAGGACGACAACUUCAAGCUGUCUCUGAAGAUUGAGCCUGGCAACAGUUCCCCUCGCAUUGCUUCUUCUAAAGAAGACCUGGCAGGUCUGUCUGAGGUAUCUGCAUCUCUGAGGUAUAAUCGACGGCCCACCUGCCCUGAUGCCUCUGUGGGGGUUCAUAUCAACACCCCCCCUCCCUCUCACCACAGGAAGAGCCAUAGUCUGGGAAACAAAAUUUCUAAAUUGGAUGUAUACACGCCUUCACAACCAAGAGCACACAUACACGGGCAGUGGUGUAAGAGUAUGAUGUGUCAGUAUGGUAUGUCAGAGAGCAGGAGCGCCACGUUCCCCAUAGAGAAAGCACGACAUCUGCUGGAUGACAGCUUCUUAGAGUCACAGAGUCCAGUCAGAAAUGAUCCACACAGUACGUCAGUGUCCAAUGGCCUGUCAUUAGGCAGCAGUGAGAGCUCGUUUGGGGAGGAGCUGUCACCUGUAAUGGAGAGGGGCCGCAUGUACGCAACACUGGGCCCCAACUGGAGGGUCCCACUUCGCAACUCCCCCCGGAGCCGCAGCUAUGUUUACAGCUCCUCUGCUGCCAAUUCCUGCUAUGGAUGCAGUGAGACCAGCAGUGUGACCAUUGAGGGACCCCUCCGUAGGAAAACACAGAUGAAGGAGGGACGGAAGCCCAAGCUGUCAUCAUGGACCAGAUUUUGGAUCACUCUGUCUGGAUCAACGCUGACAUUCUAUGGAGCGAAAGCACUGAGGGCCUCUGAGAGGAAACAUUAUAAGUCCAGCCCCUGUAAGAAGGUGUGUGUGACUGGAUGGAUGGUGGUACUGCCAGACGACCCCGCCAGACCUAACAUCUUCCAACUCAAUGACCCAGACAAAGGUAAUGUUUACAAGUUCCAGACAGGAUCCAGGUUUUCGGCGAUCAUCUGGCACAAAAACCUGGAAGAGGCUUGUAGGAGCAGUAGACCUCAGAUACCAGCAAACCUCAUGUCAUUUGAAUGAGAGCAGACCUUACCCAGCAGGACAUUACUGUGCCAAACCCAUUAAUGUGGGAAGUAUUGACUUAAAUGAUGGAACACGUUGGAAUUUGAUGGCAUCUAUCGAGAUGGCAGAGUGACGAAGCAUCUGAAACUGUAGACGAAGCACUUUGAUACUGGAUGUGUGACUGCAAAUGUCAUCCCCCACCUGCUAUCUUCUUCACAAGUACUAAGUGUAAUGUAAAGGCUGGAACAAUCCAGGCGGUGGAAGAUGGUGAGGCUGUCCCCGUGUUUCUUUCUCUAAGCUUCUUCAUUCACCGUCAUCGCUGCUAUAAAACAUGUGAGCAAGCACAUAGUAUUUUUGUUGGCCCAUGUUGGGUUUCUGCUUGGGUGAAAAGAUGCAUCGGUGCACAACUGUGGAACGACGUUGAUCUCCAGUGUUAUACGGCCUUCGAAUGAAGUUUGAGUUUUGGCAACUUGGAGAAGAAAAAAAAACGCCCGUGUUGUUCAAUUUGUGAAACUGCUUUUGUGAGGCGGCUAAGAAGAAAUGGAUGCCUACAUGUUCUGUUGAGUAAAAGAUUUGGACUUUUUUUUUCUGCAUUUCAACUUGGAUCUAUCCACAUGAAGGACCCCUGUUUGAAGGUGUCAUUUUACCACAAAAGUAACUCAGCACUGCAGCAGAAAGGACAGACAAUGAGUCUUCAUCACCUUCAGCCCUGUGGCACACAGCUGGACUGAGUUAGUUCUAAAAUGUGAGAAUGCGUAGUUGUACAAAAACAGCGAGGAAAUAUGAAGUUGGCUUUAAUAGUCUGUGUUGAAUUGUUGUUCAAAUGAAGGAGCCCUGGAUCAGUUCACCCACUGCUACCUCAAUUGGUAGUCCUCCUGUAAAAAUGUGUUUGCUGAUGAAUAUACCAAGGUUUACAAAUAGCAACAAUUAAUUUUUUCUACAGAAUCAGACACCAUGGAAACAGUACCGAACAAGGUGAUAAUUACAAUCAUUAAUGCAGAAAACAGCCAGUUGUUGUCUAAACCAGUAUGUUGACGCAGUUGGUCGAAUUCAUCUGAAGCAAUUCCCAAUGAAGUACCUAGCUUUCAACAAUCCUGUGUAUAUUGUAUUUAUUUGUAAAAGAGUUUAUUUUUUUGACUAUUGGCCAUCAAAGGGAAAUAGGUACGAUGGAUUAUCUUUGACUCACCACCAUCUGCAGGAAGCUGCUCCUCUGAUAGACUGCUGGUGGGAAGCCACCCUAAAACUGAAGGACACUGGGAGAAGGGAAGACUCCAUCAGCAUUGGUACUACUAAAAUAAUCUGCUUCAAAAGCUAAAUGUUAAGCUGUGGCCAUCAUUCCUAUUAGUGAGUUCAAACUUGCUGGGGUACAUAAGCCAAGAAGACUGAUGCUACAUUAAACUGUUAUGUUGAAGAACAUAACAGUCAGUCAGUGUUCCAACCCUCACCUGUAGUCAUUGGUUUUUAGUUAUGACCAAAUGAAAGAGAUCAGGGGUCAGGGUUAGGGUGCAGACGGCCUGGUCUCACCCUUACAGAUAGAAGGAAUGCAUCAUUAUGAUGACAGAAGUGCUUUUCGGAUAGCUGAACAACAUCUGAGACGUUCCCUCACACCAUUCUGAUGUUGAAAUUGGGGGAUUGAGUUUUAGCACAUUUCUGAAAAUGACAGUCUGAGAAGUUAACCCCUGUAUGCUCUGGACUGGUCAGCCAUGUAGUAGAGGUUACAAAGUAAGCUGGGUAGAAACUUCUCUCUAAAGCUACCUUUUUCCCCCCAUUCUUCACACAACUUCUGUCAGUUUGUGUGUGUAACAAAUGAGUCUGAACAAUCACUCCUCAAAUAGUGUCAAAGUCUGCACCACGUGUACAGUUUAUCUCACCCUUCUCUACGAACGCUGGCUUUUUACCCCAUUAGGAACAUCUGUAAACACUUUAGCCUUCACAUUCAUGUAAUUACAGUGCCUCUGUUUUUUUGGCACAUCCAACUGAGUGUUCUGCCCAAGGCAGAACACACUGGAGGGAUUACACAUCCCAUCUUUCCCUGAUUGCAUCGCAAUUCCACAGGAAGUAGUUGUGGGACGUGACAAGGUUGAAGGACGAAUGGGCUAUUGUGUUUUCUCCGGCUGCCAGGGCGACCUGGAUGUGGAGAAGCAGCGGAGAAGGGAUGGAAUGAUGGAUGGACUGAAAUAUCAUUAAAAAGAAUUGUGAUGGGUCAAGAAAUGUAAGCAGUUAGAUGAUCAGACAGGUUUGAAAUAAACGUUCAGGUUAGCCAAACCUAUUUGAAAGAGAAAACAAAGAUGAACAACCAUCAGAGUCUAUUGAUCCACCUCCUGCUUCAACUUCAACUACUGUACUUGCUAUAGUCUAAUAAUGGAUUAUUAGUGACAUUUCAGGUGUGCUCACUCAAAGUUUUACCCCCAAUUUUAGUUUAUGUGAUAAUCUUUGUUUAAAACCUGUCCAAUCAUCUGGCUGCUCAUGUUUCCCCCACUGUACUUUGUUGUAGAGAUGUGACGUUGCCAUGUUCCCAGAUCACUUUAUUGCUUUAGAUCCAGAUUUAUCAGAACCGAUGGAAACAAUGGCCAAAGCUCUUGAAAGAUUCAUGUUGUAAUAAACCAAAUUAUCCUUAAAAAGUCAAACUCAGCUAAAUGAUCAGAACAUUUACUAACAGAUGUCAUAUUUGUAAUGUUUCCCUGUUGUAAAUCAUGGUAACUGUCAUUUAUUAUGUCAAUUACAAACAUAUAAAUGAACAUAUUGUAAUCACAACUUGUGAUCAGGAUGUUGACAAUUUUCUAAGUUUAAUGUUUUUUUGUUUUUUUCUGAAGUCAUUCAUGUGUUGUCCUUGACUACAUUUUUCAGUGGACUAAUGAUGUCUUCAGAUAGUUUUUUGCAGUAUUACUGUUGUGUGCAGAUGAAUACAGUCAUGAAGGCUCAUACUGGUGAUAAUGCAUGUUUAAGCCCAGUUACUACAAAUCACAUAUUCACUUCAAAGCUAAUCACUGUCCUGCUUUGUUCUAGACAUUGUAAUGUACGCUCUCUACUGUUCCUGGCAUUCAACGGUUUCUAUUCAUUGCUGUGGGGAAGGAAAAUCAAUUAGCAGACUCUUGAAACUUGCUUGUAAUCCAUCGCAGUGAAUAUUAGGCCCCGUAUCUUUAUCAGUGUAUAAAUCAAUCAAUAAGUAACAAGAUUGGUAUGAUCAGUUGAGAAAGGUUUAAAGGUAUUUUCGAGAUAAUUUAGAAACAGUGUCUCCAUUGCAUAAGUCCAACAGAGCAGUAACAAUACAUUUUUACACUGUUCAAUGUUCUCUCACUACAUAUGAAUGUUAAAAAAUAAACUAAAGGGUUAACAAAAAAACUUAAUGGCCAUUUAUCAGCUGUUUUGGGUUUUUUUUUUUUACUUUUAUAUAUCAGUAUCAGCCUCAAAAUGCAGUGUCAGUCUGGCUCGACAUUUAGUCUGCUGUCAUUUGUGUCAAAGUUACCUCAUUGUUAUGAGCUAACGUAGUGUCGACUUUUCAAACCAAUUGUUUAAAUUAUAAUUAUAAUAUAAAAAAAAAUCAUCCUGCAGUAAUAAUUGAAUGUUUACAUGAGUGACUGCAGAUUUCACGUGUAACAUUAUUGAUUACAAAACCCCAGCAAGUUUCAAGGAUCUGCAAACUGAUGUUCAAAAUCAAUGAAACCAAAUGACUGCCACUUAUAAAAACACAGGUUAUGGUCCUUUAAUUAACACCAAAGCACAUUUCUUCAAACAGUGAAAUCAGAGGUGCAGUAUGGCUGUAAUGUUCCUUCUAACAACCAGAAUGAAUAUCAGGAGUUCCAAACAAUGAGCUCUGCUGCCAACCUGUGAAUGACUGAGCCUGUGCUUUUGUUUAAUAUUGUACUAUUUUACUGUUGAAGUUCAGCUUAACUAAGUUUUCUGCAUUGAUUGACACUGCUGAGUCAUGUUUUACUGUAAUGUCUUUUUUACUGUCGCUGUGCAGUACAUCCAACUGUUUUUAUUUCACAUGUUUGAAGGGUAACACUCCAGUUCAGGAGAAUUAAAAACUGUUGAACAUGUUCAGGUAAUAUAAGUCUGACUAUGAGGGUGUAAACAUCCUCAUGUGAACUGUGUUUGAUUGUUUGAUGAAAUUUUUUAUACAUAAUCUCCAAGUUUAAUUGACUAAGUAAUUGAAUUAAUUAGUAAGGGGAUACCUAACCCUAACCCUGAUUUGGACUGUCCUGUAGGUCCAGGAUGUGUCUAGCUAGAGCACAGAGUGGAAGCAUCUCCCUUUAUUAUUGACAUAUAAGCUACAGACUAGUCACCUUUUAGUCCUCGUAGCUAGUUAUUUCAUUCAAGAGCCAUCUGGUUUAUGCUCUGUGAGGAGAGCUGGGUAUCAAAUCACAAUUCAUUUUGGUUAAAACAGAGUGUUUGUAGCAUUUGAAAUGGUUAAAUACCAAAAGCUGGGAUUGAUAUGUGGUCAGAUUCAGAAUCUUACUGACUUCUUUAAUCAGAAACUUUCUGAAUUAAAUCAGUUUGUUUUUUUUAAGUUUUCAGAGUUCUUUAUCCAGACAGAGUUCGUGCAGCUUUUUCAUAUAGAUUUAGAUACUUAGAAGUGUUAAAGGAUUAUUCAUGAAGUCAGCAAUCAGACAAAGCAUCAUUUUAAAUAUCUGUACUGAAACUCAUAGACCUAGUAUUGAAAAAAAUGGUAGCUUGUUUCUACAUUUCUAUUUCUGCACCAGAUGAAUAAACAAGAUAUGACCCAAUGUGUUUUAUUCACUUUCCAUGUAGCUAAACUGAAACCCCCCCCCCCCCGUUUCCAGUGUGUUUGCUCUAGCUGGGCUAAAAACAGCCAAACUGUGUGACCUGGACCAAUAAUGUGUGUACAGGACAUACAAAGAUAACAGUGAUGUUGAUUUUCUCUGAGGAAGAUCCCAAAAGAUGUACUUUCUUUUUUUACCAACUUCAUCUAUGUAUAAUUUCAUACUGCAAAAUCAAAUGAUAUGUGGAAUCAUGUACAUGUUAUGUUUUGAUAUAGUACGUUAGUGGAAUAUGGAUUUUUAAUGGAUACAAUAAGCAGACAGGAAUUGCUGGUUUUGACUAAUGUAGCAAAUAAAAGUGUUCUUUAAAAAAUUAUGUAAAAGUCCAAUAUUGUCCUGCUAACAAUGACCAGAGCAACACGAUAUUGAAAGGGAGAGCUAGUUGUAAAUAGUUUGGCAAUUUUAUGGUUUAUAUUCAGUAAUAUGACUCUCCCACAUCCCUAACCAGCACCACAGUAUCUUCUAACUGUGCACAAGGUAAACAUAACUAAACAUGGCGACAUCCAACACUUACAUAAGCUGUUGUAGUUUGUCUAUUUUACACAGUAUCUGACAUACUGCCUCCAGUGUUCAUGUGCUGAACUGCAUCUUGCGGGCAUGUAGCAUCAAUUUCUAAUAACACUGAAGGAAUGUUAGAUAUGUGUGGGCUGCCAAAAGUAUAUCACAAGCCAAAAAAAGUCAUUCUCCAAAAUGUUGUCUGUUCUUUUAAAGAACGCCAACAUUUUGUCAGGAUUUAGCUCGGGAUUGUUAGAAACUGGGCUUGUCUGUUUAAUGCCAACUAUGUGCCGCCAUAGUUUUCAUUAACUUAUCUCCAUACUGUAAAUUACAGCUGUUUUUUUAUAACAAAUGCUGAUGGAGCUUUGAGUGAAUGAAACAGAUUAGUCAAGUGAGUUAUAAAAUGCCCGGGUUUUUUUCUGUUAUUUACGACACAAAUAAUUACAAACACCCCCACUAACAUCUCAGCAUGUGCUAGUGAGUUUUACAAAAUGCAACUCAAUUUAGAUGCAGCUUAACCCAACACUUAUUUCUCUAAUGUUGAACCAAAAAGAGACACAUUUACAAUAAACCCCCUUAUCACUAGCAGUGGGGGGUUUUUUUUAUUGAGUAUCCAAAUAUAAUAUGUUAGCAUCAAUGUGUACAAGAAUACAUCAUAUCACUCUCCAGUUUGUUUUCAACAGUGUUGCUUUACUGCUUUCUUUCUAUGCUUUUGAUACUUGUUACAUUCAGACAUGUUUGUGUUUUUAUCAGAUUCCACUGAGGACAAACUGAGUGUUCUGUGGGGCAUUGCAUGUAUUUAUUUGUACAAACUUUAUAGUGUUGUAACUGUGAAACAGAUAACCACUGGGUUGUGAUUAUCAGUCUGAUUAUUUUGCUAAGUUAUUUCCUAUCAUGGCAUUGCUAUAUGUUGCUGUA